AUGACACAGGGACAGCUAUUGGAAACUGGUGGAGCCAUGAAGGAGGGCGAGAGCACUCGCAAAAGAUUGAAGAUUUCGGUUCCACAUUUUGAUAAUUCGGCUCUCAUUAAGACGUAUGCAAGGACCUUGAUUGGGAGAUGCAAGAAUCCAGCUGAGCAAGAGAUGCCGGCGCUGUUACAGAACAUCCCAAAGAUUUGGAAGUUGGAGUAUCGUGUGGUGGGCACAGAUUUGGGUCACGGAAAGUUCCAGUUCGAUUUUCAGACGAAGGAAGAGAUUGAAGCCGUGCUGAAGCUGCAACCAUAUCAUUUCGACUACUGGAUGCUGGCGAUUGCAAGGUGGCAGCCUAGGAAGUCACAAUUGUUUCCGUCAGAGAUUCCAUUUUGGGUUCGGGUGUGA